AGUCACAUGAUAAUGUUUCCCGGAAAGCAAAAUAAUACAGAGCUGACACUCCCCCAAAACUGGAGAACUCGGUGACAGUGUGAGGGUGACAACGGGGUCAGUUCACCAAGGAGAGGUAUCAGUGUCCUGGGGUUGGAGCCGCUCCGCGGACACUGCAGCCCGGCGGGAUGGAGGCGUUGUCUCCCGGCGCUAUACUGACUGCUGUUUUCCUCACUCUGUUGGUUGGGCUCGCUAUCCACUUGUUUGCUGACUAUGUCCGUAAAUGGAACCAGAUGAAAUGGAUCCCCGGGAUCAGCCCGACCUACCCGAUCCUGGGGAAUGCACUCCUGUUCAAGCCAAGUGGAGAAGACUUUUUCCUUCAACUGAUUGAAUUUACCACGAAGUGCAGAGAUGAACCACUCAUGAAGUUAUGGCUGGGACCGCUACCCUUUGUUGUGUUGUUUCAUGCAGAGAAUGUGGAAGUCGUAUUGAGCAGUUCCAAGCACCUUGAUAAGUCCUAUGCAUACAAGUUUCUUCACCCCUGGCUUGGCACGGGACUAUUGACAAGCACUGGAAGUAAAUGGCGGGCAAGGAGGAAGUUAAUAACCCCGACAUUUCACUUUACAAUUCUGACAGAAUUUCUGGAGGUUAUGAACGAACAGACCAGUGUAUUACUGGAAAAAUGGGAGAAGAAAGUGGGAAAGGGACCUUUUAACUGCUUUACUGAUAUCACGCUUUGUGCAUUGGACAUUAUUUGUGAAACUGCUAUGGAUAAGAAAGUCUAUGCUCAGAAUAACAGUGACUCGGAAUAUGUUCGUGCAAUUUACAAGAUGAGUGAUUUGAUCCACCGCAGACAGAAAAUGCCUUGGUUUUGGCCUGACUUCAUGUUCAACACGUUCGGUGAUGGAAAGGAACAUGAUGAAACCCUCAAAAUUCUGCAUGCCUUUACAGAGAAGGUGAUUGUAGAGAGGUCUUGCAAAAUGGAAACUUCUGGAGAAUGUAGCAGUUCCAAUAUGGAUUUAGAGUCUGAAUCACAGAGCAAAAAGAAACGCAAAACAUUUCUUGACCUAAUUCUCAGUGCAGUGGAUGAAGAUGGAAAGAAACUGAGUCAACAGGAUGUUAGGGAAGAAGUGGACACAUUCAUGUUUGAGGGGCAUGAUACCACAGCGACCUCAAUAAACUGGACCCUUUACCUCUUGGGAACCCAUCCUGAUGUACAGAAGAAAGUUCAUGAAGAGCUGGAUGAUGUUUUUGGUAAUUCUGAUCGUCUUGCUACAAUGGAAGAUCUGAAGCAUCUCCACUUUCUGCAAUGUGUUAUUAAGGAAUCUCUGCGCUUGUUCCCUUCUGUUCCAAUUAUUGGACGUACUUUGCUUGAGAACUGCUAUAUUGGAGGCUUUAAUGUACCAAAAGGAGUCAAUGCUCUCCUCAUUCCUUAUGCCCUGCACAGAGAUCCCAAACAUUUCCCAGACCCUGAAGAAUUUAGGCCAGAGCGAUUUUUACAAGAAAAUUCAAGAAAAGUUAAUCCAUAUGCAUUUAUUCCAUUUUCUGCUGGAGUUCGAAACUGCAUUGGCCAAAAAUUUGCACUCAUGGAGGAGAAGGUGAUGUUGUCCUCGAUUCUUCGGCGAUUCCAUGUAGAAGCCAAACAAAGCCGUGAGGAACUCCACAUUGUGGGUGAAUUGAUUCUGCGCCCUCAAAGUGGCAUCUGGAUAGAGCUUCGCCACAGAGCAGAAUAAAUGGCAUUGGGGCAGCGUGACCACUAAGAAUGUCAGUUUAAAAAGUUCAUUUUGUAAUAUUCUUUCACAUACUGAGGGAUAAUCAUUUUCUGAAUUGAAACUUUUUUGCCCUUAGAUUAUUCUCAAACUGUAAUGCACUAGUAGCCUUGUAGCAUGUAAUACUAUUUAUCUAUGUCACUGUAAAAACUGGAUUCUAAUGCACUUUUAAUUUGCACUUUCUAUUCUAUACAAACCAGAACCUUUUACACGAAUAUUGCUGUUAACUUCUAAUAAAUCAUUCUUCUGUAAAGCAUUGUUACCAUCUAGCAUAUUUAAAAGAUAGAAAGAGAGCUUUAUUCAUGGAUAUCCAGUUCCUUCACCUAUGUCUUAUCUGUAUGGAUGAUGCCUCUUUCCAAAAAAGUGCUGCUGACAUGGCUUCUUUCUUCCAUACCCGUGGCUUUCCACCCACUGUGAGGGGUGGUCGUGCCUGACAAACCUGUUAGAAUUCUUUUGAAGAGGUAACAAGUAUGUUAGACUAGGGAAACCCAGUAGAUGUUAUCUAUCUAGACUUCCAAAAGGCCUUUGAUACAGUCCCUCACGGGAGGCUGCUGAGCAAGGUGACGGCCCGUGGUGUUCGAGGUGAGCUACUGGCUUGGUUUGAGGAUUGGCUGUCUGACAGAAGGCAGAGAGUUGGGAUAAAGGGUUCUUUUUCGGAAUGGCAACCGGUGACAAGUGGUGUCCCGCAGGGUUCAGUGUUGGGGCCACAGCUGUUCAUCUUAUAUAUUAAUGAUCUUGAUGAAGGGACUGGAGGAAUUCUGGCAAAGUUUGCCGAUGAUACAAAGAUUGGCGGACAGGCAGGUAGUACUGAGGAGGUGGGGAAGCUGCAGAAAGAUUUAGACAGUUUAGGAGAGUGGUCCAGGAAAUGGCUGCUGAAAUUCAAUGUGAGCAAAUGUGAGGUUUUGCACUUUGGAAAAAAGAAUACAGGCAUGGACUAUUUUCUAAACGGUGAGAAAAUUCGCAAAUCAGAAGUGCAAAGGGAUCUGGGAGUGUUGGUCCAGGAUUCUCUAAAGGUUAACUUGCAGGUAGAGUCCGUAAUUAAGAAAGCGAAUGUCAUGUUGUCGUUUAUCUCAAGAGGUUUGGAAUAUAAAAGCAGCGAUGUGCUUCUGAGGCUUUAUAAGGCUCUAAUUAGGCCCCAUUUAGAAUACUGUGUCCAAUUUUGGGCCCCACACCUCAGGAAGGACAUACUCGCCCUAGAGCGUGUCCAGAGGAGAUUCACAUGGAUGAUCCCUGGAAUGGUAGGUUUAACGUAUGAUGAACGGCUAAGGAUCCUGGGAUUGUAUUUGUUAGAGUUUAGAAGGUUGAGGGGAGAUCUAAUAGAAACUUACAAGACAAUGUAUGGUUUAGAAGGGGUGGACCCUAGGAAGAUGUUUCCGUUAGGCGGGGAGACUCGGACCCAUGGGCACAGCCUUAAAAUUAGAGGGAGUAAAUUUAAAACUGAAAUGAGACGACAUUUCUUCAGCCAGCGAGUGGUGGGGCUUGUGGAAUUCAUUGCCACGGAGUGCAGUGGAGGCCAGGACGUUGGAUGCCUUCAAGGCAGAGAUCGACAAAUUCUUGAUCUCAGAAGGAAUCAAGAGCUACAGAGGACACAGUUUAAAAAUAAGGGGUAGGCCAUUUAGAACAGAGUUGAGGAGAAACGUCUUCACCCAGAGAGGGGUGGAUAUAUGGAAUGCUCUGCCCCAGAAGGCAGUGGAGGCCAACUUUCUGGAUACUUCUAAGAAAGAGAUAGAUAGAGCUCUUAAAAGAUAGAGGAAUCAAGGGUUAUGGGGAUAAGUCAGGAACAGGAUACUGAUUAUGGAUGAUCAGCCAUGAUCAUAAUGAAUGGUGGUGCUGGCUUGAAGGGCCGAAUGGCCUACUCCAGCACCUAUUGUCUAUUGUCUAUUGACAAGGCUGUCCGUUGCACCCAACCUAUUACCCAUGCUUCCACCCUUGCCCCUUUCCCAUCAUAGCAGCAGCAUGAUUGUGUCCCCCCUUGUCCUCACUUUUCAUCCCACCGGCCUCCGCAUUCUAAGGAUAAUCCUUUGUCAUUUCUGAUAACGCCAGCAGAACGCCACACCAAACACAUCUUCCCCUCACUCCCCUCUCUGCAUUUCACAAGGUCUGUUCCUUCUGGGUCACUCUAGUCCAUUCCUCGCCCACUAACACCAUCCCCGCUUCCUGUGUAACUGCAGAAGGUGCAACACUGCCCCUUUAUUCUUCCUUGCUCACCUUCCAAAGACCUCAACAGUCUUUCCAGGUGAAGCAGCAUUUUGCCUGUACCUCCUCCAAUCUGAUCUGUUGCAUUCACACUACCCAGUGUGGCCUGCUCUACACUGGAGAAACUAAACACCGACUGGGGGAUCACUUUGCAGAACAUCUCUAGUCUGUGCAUAAGCGUGACCUUAACCUUCUCUGUAACCGGUCAUUUUAACACAGCGUUCUUCACAUGCGUCUGGCCUCAGCAUGCUGCAGCAUGCAAACUCAUCUUCGUACAAGGUACUUGAUAACCUUCUUAAUAUUGAGUUAACACCUUCAGAUUGUGAACACCCUCCCAUUUCAUCCCUUUCUUUUAUUUUUAUUUGUUGCAUCUUUGUCUCCAUCUCCUUUCUCCACCCCCCACCCCCACCCCCACCCCCACCCACUCUAGUGGGACUGGUCUUUCCAGUCUGACAGUUAGACACACCUUUUGUUCAAGAUAACAAAGUGUGGAGCUGGAUGAACACAGCAGGCCAAGCAGCGUUUUAGGAGCGCAAAAACUGAUGUUUCGGGCCUAGACCCUUCUUCAGAGAGCUUGCAGUGGGAGAGAGAUUCCCUGAAGUUGGUCUGGAGGGAGGAGGGUAACUUCUUCAGGUUAGGCAUCCCUGGAAGAGGCUUCACUGUGAGGUUAAAAUAAUGAUCAGAGAUAAUGGGAACUGCAGAUGCCAGAAAAAUGACAUCUCCAGCAAGAGAGAAUCUAACCGUCAGUCCUUGAUGCUUGGUUCCAUUACCGUGGCUGAAUUCCCCACAAUAAACAUUUCCUUUUGGGGGCGGGGGGUGGGGGAAAGGGGUUGCUUGCCAUUGGCCAGUAACUUAACUGGGCUUGCCAUACAAAUACCACAGUGAGUCAGAGGCUAGGAACACUGCAGCAAAAAAAAAGUGUGGAGCUGGAUGAACACAGCAGGCCAAGCAGCAUCUCAGCAGCACAAAAGCUGGCGUUUCAGGCCUAGACCCUUCAUCAGAGAGCCAUUUUCACAUUCUGAUCACUUAAUCUGCUCUAUCAGCAUCCUUUCUUACUUGUCGUCCCCCACCCCCACGUACACACUGGCAUAAAUGCUGUCCCCUCCACACCCCGUGUCAGCUCUGAUGAAGAGUCAUCGAGACUUGAAACGUCACUUUGCUCUCUCUCCGUGCAUGCUGCCGUGAUUUCCAGCUUUUUUUUGUGUUUUUGAUACCAUCGCUGUCACAGUUUGACCUUUUGUUCCCCCAACACUUUAGUUUUAUUUGUGUGGCAAAACAGCAGUUCCAUAAUCAAUCUGGUCCCUGAAAGAAACAAGUUAGUACUUUUGUUUAAAAAGGUAUAACCGUGAAUCUUCCAGUCUAUCAACUAUCUUUUCUGUUGAAAUUAACGGCAAUUAAAAUUGGGUGCAGUGUAAGCCAGUUUGUGAGCACCUGAAGUGAAUUUAUAUUCUUGAGUGCCUGAUAAGAUGGUUGAUUUGAACUUGGAUUUUUGUAUAGCUGCAAAUCAGUGUUGGGGGGGGGAGCGGAUAAAUGGAUACUUGCAGUAGAGGUGAAGCAUACAAACUGAGCAAUUUAAAUUGUUGGUAUCUCAGAGCUGAUAUAUUGAAAUGAUUAUUCUUCCUGUUAAUGGCGUUCAGAAUGAGCACAAAAUCAUGAAAAAAUGCAGAAACAUCAGUUUCAAUGUACUGACUUUUAAAUAUUGAAUGUUUUCAACUCGAUCAACUUAUGUUUAGCUUGACUUUGUCUACCAGUUUGUUUUCCAUAAAGUUACAAUGUAAUGAUCAAGCCCAGCUUUUGUGCUAACUAACUGGGUACUUUUUUUUAAAAUAAAAAUAUCAAAUGCUGCAAUAACA